GUUUGGGGGGGUGGGUGGUGGGUGAGGUGAGGAGAGGAUUCUGUGGGUCCGCCAGCCCUGACCGGCAGCAGCAUGGAUCACCAGCUGGAAGUUGGCUCAGAAAACAGACCUGAACAGAGAUCUCAGAUGCUGGAAGGUAAUGAGAAAAACCUGAAGCAGCAGGCUAAGUCGGAUUAUGAAAGUGAAACUGUUGUCUCAGAACACAGACCUGAACAGAGAUCUCAGGGGCACAAUGGUGAUGAGAACAACCUGCAGCAGAAGACCAAGUUGGAUAGUCAAUGUGACAGUGUUGUCUCGGAACACAGACAUGAACAGAGAUCUCAGGGGCAGGAAGGUGAUGAGGACAACCUGCAGCGGCAGGCCAAGUUGGAUAAUCAAAGCAUCACUGGUGAGGAAAUGCAAGAUGCCAUGGACUCUGCCCAGCUGCAGAAGGAGGGCACGGAAUGUACUCUGAGACAUUUGCAGUCUCCAAUAUGCAGACAGGAUGAACAAUUAAAUGAGGAAGAAGAGGAAAAUCAUGUCGAAAAUAGACUCAGACCUGAACAGAGCUCUGAUGUACUCGAAGAUAAUGAGCCGAACCUACAGCAGCAGGCCAAGUUGGAUAAUCAAAGUCACACUGAUGAGGAAAAUCAAGUUGUCUCAGAACACAGACCUGAACAGAGAUCUCCGGGGCAGGAUGGUGAUGCGAACAACCUGCAGCAGAAGACCAAGUUGGAUAGUCAAUGUGACAGUGAUGCUAUGGACUCUGCCCAGCAGAAGAAAGAGGGUGCGCAAUGUACUCUGAGACAUUUGCAAUCUCCAACGUGGAGACAGGACAGACAAUUACAUGAGGAAGAAGAGAAAAAUCAAGUUGAAAAUAAUGAACCAUGCAAGGGGAUGUCAGCAUCAAAUGUGCAAUCUCCAAGGUCCAUUCAGGAUGCACAAUUACAUCAGGAUGGAGAGAAAAAUAGAGUUGAAAAUGUUGUCUCAGAAUACAGACCUGAACAGAAAUCUCAGGGACAGGAUGCUAAUGAAAACAACCUGCAGCAGAAGGCCAAGUUGGAUAAUCAAAGUGACACUGGACUCAGACCUGAACAGAGCUCUGAAGCACAAGAGGUUAACGUGUCAAACCUACAGCAGCAGGCCAAGUUGGAUAAUCAAAGUCACACUGAUGAGGAAAAUCAAGGUGAAACAUGUGAGGGGAUAUUAUUAUCAAAUGUGCAAUUUCCAGUGUGCAGACAGGAUGGAAAAUUACAUCACGAUGAAGCAAAAACUCACGUUGAAAAUGGGAAAUGGUCCGUUUGCUUGGCAGCAGUUUUGUUGGUUCCAGUCGCCUGUAUCAUGUUGAAUUUUCUGAAUCAGCAAGAGUCUGAAGUUGUGGAAAAUAAGCUGAACAUAUUCUUACAGAAUUUUGACAAAGUGCAGAAGAGUUUUCCAAAUCAAGAUGAACAGUUGUGGAAAAAAAGCAGGAUAAUGUUGCAGAAACAUAUUAACAUGACUGUCCAUUCUGAGCCAUCCAUUUUAAUGUUUGCAGCUGCUUGGAAUGCAAAUGAAACCAUGCAUUGCCUCACAGACAGAAUCGCUGAAGCUUAUGCUUCAGCUUUCAAUUCCAGGUUUCUGAAAAUUGAGGGAUCUAGUAAAAAGUUUUUAAACAGCGAUAAAGUGAAGCUAGAUCUAGAUAACCAACUAACUUCUUGGUUUGGUGCGGGUAGCAAGUCAGCUGUUAUUCAUCACUUCCAGGAUCUGCCACCUCCAUCUACCCUUCUAUUCUACAAAUAUUGUGAUCAUGAAAAUGCAGCCUUCAAGGAUGUAGCCCUCUUAAUCACAGUUUUAGUGGAUGAGGAAAAAUUAGAUCCAAAUUUAAGCUUCAAUCUUCUGGAGGAAAGAGUCUAUGAUUUUCUUGUGACAAAAUUUUCCAUCUCCAGUCAGACUGGGCAAUAUAAUACCCUGGAUAUUGACAAAUUUAGUGGAUUGUGGAGUCGAAUUGCACACGCCAUAUUACCCGUCCAACCUGAAAAAGAUAUUGAAAAGAAUGGCUGCAAACAUAAGUGAACAUUCUGAGGAGACAUCACAAAAUUUGCACUGAAUUUUAUCAAAGAAACAAAUUGCAUGCACAGAGAAGUCCUAAGUCUUGAAAAGGAAAUAUAUUUUUAAAAUUAAUUACCUAGUAUUCAAUCUUGUGAUUUUUGCUAAAGGAUCUUUUCUGAAAUUUUAAAGUUUUUUGAGUCAUAUGCUGACUGGCUUUCUGUAAUGUUCCACAUUUUCUGUUUUUAUUUCAGGCUUCCCGUGUUUAAUUUAUAGCUUUCUUCAAAUAUCACAAAUAAAUUAAUCUCCUGGAAGCUAGAAAAUGAUAUUGCCACUAAAUAAAUGAUGAUGGUUUGGACUUUGCUAUGGAAGCUUAAUUAUAUUUGCUAUUGUAUAAUCUGUAACUGAAUAAAGAAGCUGAAUGUCAA